AUCCUCAGGUUUAACCUAAUUUAACAACGUUUGUUUACUAUAUCCACUUUUUUGUUCUUUAAGACAACAUGUUAGUCUGCACCUUACUACCAUUUGAAGCUACAUAGUGUUUUUGUCCCUGAAGGACCCCUCAACGGACACAAACUAGACAACGGACCCCUGUUUAACAAGCUAUUUGUCAUCUGUCAACAGGGAGGUGCAGAGACUUUUUCCAGGGCAGAGGCUAAAGUGAGAAAAAUGUUUUGAAACCAUAAGUUGAGUGUAGUAGAUCAUCUGAAUAGCUUAACAAUUUAUUUUAUUAACCUCACAUUCAGCUCUCUCCACACUGAUUUGACAUUUAUUCAGUCAAGACUUGUGUGCUGCACCUAAGAUUUAAGAGGACAAAAAUAUAUUUAGAAGAAGUGAAUGUCCUGUGCCUUGCUAAACUUUAACUUAUGCAGGUUAAGUUGAACAACAUCAGCAAUCUUGUCAUCCAAGGUGAACUAUAGAUAACUUAACCCUGAAGCAUUAGUAUUUGUUUGCCAUCCAGUCGACCUUCCUGUCAGUGUGCUCCACAGUGGCAGACCACCAUGGCUCUGAACAUUCCCGGUGUGGUUGCGGUGCUGUUCUUCUACAUAAUUAUUCUGGGCACAGGGAUGUGGGCCGCCCGAAAGGCCAGGGUGGAAGAGAGGAAUUGCAAUGGAGACAGGACAGAAGUGGUGCUUCUUGGGGGCAGGAAUAUCGGCUUGCUGGUUGGGAUUUUCACCAUGACCGCUACAUGGGUCGGAGGUGGUUUUAUCCUGGGGAUUGCUGAGGCAGUGUACAGUCCUAAAAUGGGCUUGAUAUGGGCUCUAAUGCCGAUACAAUACUCUGUGUCUUUCAUAAUAGGUGGUCUUUUCUUUGCCAAGCCAAUGAGGGACAAGAAGUAUGUCACCAUGAUGGACCCAUUCCAGAUAAAGUAUGGCAGGUUACUGAGUGGCGCUCUAGUACUGCCUGCUCUGCUGGUGGAUGUGCUGUGGGUGGCCUGCACUCUGCUCGGUUUAGGAGCAACUAUGAGUGUGAUUCUAGACCUGCCCUAUGUCUACACUGUUUGGAUCUCAUCGUCUGUGGCCAUCAUCUAUACUUUGUUAGGAGGCCUCUAUUCAGUGGCCUACACUGACAUCAUCCAGCUCUCUCUGGUUUUUGUCGGUUUGUGGCUGUGCAUCCCCUUCCUCCUGGUCAACCCCACAUCAGCAAACAUUUUCCAUACUGCUAUCAACAACACAUUUCAAGAACCCUGGGUUGGCUCUCUGGAACACGACAAAAUCUGGAAGUGGAUUGAUGACUUCCUAUUGCUGGGUCUUGGCAGUGUUUCAUUUCAGUGCUUCCACCAGAGGAUGCUGUCUUCCUCCUCAUCACGUACGGCCCAGUUUACCUGCUAUGCUGCUGCUCUCAUCAUCGCCAUACUGGGAAUCCCCCCUGUCUUGAUUGGGGCUGUCGCUGCCUCCACAGACUGGAACCUGACACAGUAUGGCUCUCCAUCUCCAUACAUUCGUGGUGAGCACACGUUUAUCCUUCCCCUGACUCUCCAAUAUCUCACGCCAUCCUACAUCUCCAUCAUUGGAAUUGGAGCUGUGGCUGCUGCUGUCAUGUCGUCAACAGACUCAGCCCUGUUAUCCGCAACUUCAGUUUUCGCAACAAACAUCUACAAGAACAUCCUGCGCCAACAGGCUUCAGAUUAUGAAAUGCAAUGGGUGAUUCGGAUCACAGUGGUUGUUGUGGGUGUGGUUGGGACAGCUUUAACAUUCUUCACCAACAGCACCCUGGUCCUCUGGAUUCUUGGAGCAGACAUUUCCUACACCCUUAUAUUCCCCCAUCUGGUCUGCGUGCUCUUCUUUGAAGUGACAAAUGCUUAUGGCGCCGCAGUGGGUUAUGUUACAGGGCUGAUUGUAAGGAUUCUGGUGGGAGAGAACACUGUCGGUCUCCCUGUUGUUCUUCAUCUUCCUGGUUGCACUCUGGAGGAUGGCAUCUAUGUCCAAAUGUUACCGGUCAGAACAUUCUCCAUGCUGUGCACCCUGUUAACUAUCUUGGUCUUUUCUGUGCUUUCUUUGUUCAUGUUCAACCACAGCCUGUUGCCUGAAAGUUGGGACAUUUUUAAAGUAAAAUGUAACACUGCUGUAUCAUCAGCGGACGCUGUCACUCAGAAUCUCCAAGAAGAAGCUGGAAGUGAUGGUGAGUGUGACAACGACAUUUAUGGAGUUGUCUUACAACCAAUUUUGCAGAAAGGAACAAAACCGUUUCCCCCUCUUUCUUAAGUUGCUGGCCAGCAUUUAAUUUGCUUAAUAACUGUAUAUUUAGAAAAAAGUUAAAGUCGCUGAAGUUAGUUGCUUAGUUGUGCCUCAGGUGUUGAUAAACAUUUUACAUUCUAAAAUAAGUUCCUUUUCUUUCUCUGGAUGGAUGAUUUUGUGUGUGUGUGUGUGUGUGUGUAUGUGUGGGGGGGAGACAAGUUAUGUUUGUAAUCGUUUGUUAAUUCACAACACAGGUUAUAAACAUGGUUCUCUCAAAGUGUCUACCAGCAUUCCAUGCCAUAUUCAUGUACAAAUUUUGUGAAUAAACAUAUUUUGUCCAAAUUACCAAUUACAUCAAUAAUUUUAUUUCCAGCAUUCCCAAUAAAUAACAUAGUGUAUCCCCAAUUGUCUAAAUUAAUAGUGAAUUAAAUCACAAUAAUUUGUUUAGUUUCAUACCUAAAUGAACCAUUUUAACCAGAUUUAAAAUCAUCAUAACACAAGAUGUCAACAAUUUUGCAGAGAAAACCAAAAGUUGUCAGAGCAUGGUUCAGUGUGUGAAUAUAUUUGUGACAUAAACCGACUUAAGAGUGAACAUGUAAUCAAUCAACUUACCAAUACAUUUGACAUUGCUCACAGCUUAUAAACUCAUAUUGGGAAGUGAGUGGAACUAAACACUGGCCUCACUGAGCAGACUGACUGACUGUGUAGUUCAUUACAACAGACCCAUAUCUUCACCAUUUUUCCCUCGGUGGAGAGCAGUGGAGGAUCGAGGAUUUUUCUGAAUCAGGGGCCAUAAAGGGGCCACAAUUUACACAGAAGGACCAAUUAUAUGUUCAACAUCCAUGUUCAAUUCCUGAUUCAGUAAGGCGGACAUUUAAGUCAGUCCUUGUUCACUGUUGGUUCUACAGCUACAGUAUUACAAAUUGAAAGUUGUUCCUUGUUUAAAAAAUAUUACAAAAUAUAAUUUUUUUUUAUUGUCAAACAUUUGAUGUUAGUAGCUGUGGCAAAGGAUGUUGCUACCUGGAUCUCAUCACGGCAGACACAGACAAGCGAUUCUUCAGCUUUUUAUUUAGAGACCAGGAGCAAACUUAUACUUAAACACAACAGAAAUCCAGCACUUUCUGCUGGGAUACAGCUUUACAGCUUAGCACUGCUCUGUCUCGCAUGUGUCUCUGAGUGUCUGUUGUGUGUCUGUGUUCCUCUGCGUGUCUCUCUGAGGCAGCUCUGCUGCUGCCUUCUGUACCAGAGGAUCAAUCAGUGAUGAUGUUCCUCUGGUCCAGGUAAAGGAGCUCUCCCAGCUACCUACAGCAGCUUAGUAAGUGACAGGUACGGAGGCGUAUUGCUGUCUCAUCAGAAAUAUAAUAGGGCAUUAUAACACUUCCGACUAUCAUAUCAUCAGGUCUCUGGUGGAGGUAAACUCCCCAAUACAUGCACUACUUGGGCUGUCUCUAAACAUGGCUCACAAGAGGGAUGCCCCACUGAUACAUUUGUAAAGAAAUCGCAGUUUACCCGAAGAGUGUUUUUUUUAAGUAGCCCACAUCCUUUAAAACGUAUCUGUUUUUGCGUUAAAUGUCAUUCGUCGUUAUGCAUGGAUAGCGCAAGUUAGCUAACAUAGCUAGCUGGCCAGCCAAGAUAACUCACCAAUGCAAAGCCAUGCUCCAGCUCAGGUUACUGAACCUACCGGACUGUGUACUGUGGUUCUUGUUUUGGGAAGUUUUUCCUUACGAUUACUGAGGGUUAAGGGCAAAGGACGUCACAUGUUGUUUCAUGAGGAAUUUUUUUGAUUUGUUAAUAUGGGCUAUACAAAUGAAAAUUGAUCGAAUGAUCGAUUGGUUGAGUUACUCCACUCUGGAUGUGCCUCCCUUGUGUUGCGGUUUCAAUCACAUGUUGACACUUAACAUAUUUAAAGUUUUGUCCCCAGGAUAUAAUGUAGGAGCUUACAGUUCCUCAAGCUGCAAGCUCUGUGCACAGCCUUCUUUCAUCCCAGGAAAUAAAUGCAAUUACAGGUUGAUAAAACACAAAGAACACUCUUCACAUAUGUACUGUAUGGUUAAUACUAAUCUGACAGCAGACUUUGUGCUGUGUUUAGUUUGUUCAAUGUUUUAACGCAAAUAAAACCUCAACAACUGUUCUUAUAUUGUUCUCUGUAGUAACAGGGUAACUUAGAUGUAUACACAGACAGUGGUACAUCCUCCCUUCUUACAUAACUUACAGAGUAACUAUGGGGUAUGCAGAUUGUAAUCUUAAGGGCAGUUCUAUUUCCCCUUGUUCAGUACCCUUUGUUAUAUUGUAAACUAAUAUAAAUGGUUUAUUUGGUUCCUGUUAGUGGCAGUUAUAGUACAUCGACAUUUUACCCAGAAUAAAUAUAGUCUAUACAGUUAUGUCCACCUGACACUUGGAUGCCACCACAGAAGCAGUAUGGAGGCAUGUUAUGUUUUUCUAAAGAAUUGGUCACUAUUUCCGUAAAUUGUAUUGGAUUUGGCUGCAACACAAAUUUAGGAAUGUAGAGAAUUACAUAAUGACUGCAGUCUCACACAAGCUGGAGAAAUGUGAUGUUACAGAUGUUUUAAUGAUUUCCCGCAACCUACAUAUGCUCUUCCUUCAGAGGGUUUCUUUCUUGUGUAGGAAGCUUUGUUCUACUGGCUAACGUUUAAGAUUCCAUAUUUUACACCAUAUAUAAGCAGUCUAAUGUUAAUUUAAUAGGUAGGUCGGUAACACGCCUGUCUCAUAGAAAAUAAAUUUGUAGUACGGCAUAGGUAAAAGAACUUGUUUUUUUCCAUCAGAAAUGAACAAAUACGGUUUUUCUAUGAGCACAGUCUGACGCACUUUAGUUGAACUAGUCUAUUUUUGAGCAACAUACUGUGUAAAUUGUGUAAAGAUUUUCUGUCUAUGACUGUAAAUGAACUUGUCCUUGUGGGUUUUCGGCAGUAUUAGCAAAAGUGGUAAUAAAGGAACCGCAAAAAGAAAA